GUAUUCCUUACGAGAUAGCUGUGUAUACUGGUAACGUGUUUGGUGCGGGUACCGAUGCUAAGGUGUUUAUCACGCUGUAUGGCGAGAAAGGCAUAUCACCWGAAAAAGAAUUGGAUACAAAAAACAGCAACGACUUUGAACGAGACCAUACGGAUAUCUAUCUGUUAGAUUUCCCUUUUGAAGGAACGCUGAAGAAGAUCAAAAUACGUCAUGACAAUUCCUGGUUUGGAUCUGGCUGGUUCCUGGAAAAGGUUGUCAUCAAGGACCCACGAGGAUGUAUGUACACUUUCCCUUGUCAUAAAUGGCUGGCCGCGAAUUAUGGUGACAAAAAAGUUGCUCGUUUUAUUGAAACAAGAUCAGUUUGCGAGCAAGAUAUCAAGAAGAAAACGAAAG